AUGUCAUUUGGGUCAAGUAGUAACAAUGGGAAUGAUAGGAAGAAGAAGAUUGCCAUCAUUGGUACAUCUGCUUUGAUCUUGGUGGCCAUGGUGGUGGCGGUGGCUGUCGGAUUCAACCGCGGCGAAACCGACUACCAAACGGCCGCCAGCCCUCCGCCGGCCGGUAGCGUGUCGACCACGUCAAAAGCCAUUCAGGCUAUUUGUCAGCCCACGGAUUACAGACAAACUUGUGAGAAUACCCUCACCACCGCCGCGGGCAACACCACCGAUCCUAAAGAGCUCGUCAAGGUCGCAUUCAACGUCGCCAUUAGCUACAUAACCCAGGCCAUAAAGAACUCCUCCACGUUGAAGGAGCUCGCCAAAGACUCCAGGACCAACCAGGCUUUGGCUAAUUGUGACGAGUUGCUCAAGUACGCCAUUGACGAUCUUCAGGACUCGUUCCAUAGGAUUGGACCUUUUGACAUGACGAAGCUAGAUGAAUACAUUGAUGAUUUGAAGAUAUGGCUCAGCGCCGCGGUCACAUACGAGCAGACAUGCCUCGACGGUUUCGAAAACACGACAGGGGACGCCGGGGAGCGAAUGAAAUCGCUGCUCAAGACAUCUCAGGAGCUUACUAGCAAUGGUCUUGCAAUGGUGACCGAAAUCUCCACCAUUUUGUCAAGUUACAACAUUCCCAUGAACAUAAGUCGCCGCCUUUUAUCAACCGAUUAUUAUAAGCACGAGAGUAGCUCUGAGACCCCUAAGUGGGUGAACGAGGGGCAAAGGAGGCUUCUGGCGGUGAAGGGAUCGAAAAUCAAGGCGGACGUGGUGGUGGCCAAGGACGGGAGUGGAAAGUACAAGACGAUCAAUGAGGCUUUGAAGGAUAUACCAAAGAAGAACACUAAGACAUUUGUGAUUUAUAUUAAACAAGGAGUGUAUGCCGAGAAAGUUAUGCUUGAUAAGCAUAUGACUCAUGUUAUGAUGAUUGGUGAUGGCCCUACCAAGACCAGAAUCACUGGAAGUGAUAACUUCAUUGAUGGAACCCAAACUUUCAAGACCGCCACAGUCUCCAUUGUUGGAAACAACUUCAUCGCAAAAGACAUUGGAUUCGAGAACACAGCCGGACCAACCAAGCACCAAGCCGUAGCACUCCGGGCCAAUUCCGACAUGUCAAUCUUUUACAACUGCCACAUGGACGGUUACCAAGACACCCUCUACACCCACGCCCACCGUCAAUUCUACCGUGACUGCACCAUCUCCGGCACCAUCGACUUUAUCUUCGGUGAUGCCGCUGCCGUAUUCCAAAACUGCAAAAUGGUGGUCCGAAAGCCCCUAGAAAACCAGUUCUGCAUCGUCACUGCUCAAGGCCGAACCGACAAACGCGAGGCCACGGGACUGGUCCUCCAGAACUGCACCAUCACCGGUGACCCGCUUUAUCUCCCAAACAAGGCCAAGAACAAGGCCUACUUGGGAAGGCCAUGGAAGGAGUUUUCAAGGACCAUUAUCAUGAAUUCACACAUCGAUGAUAUGAUCGCCCCCGAGGGUUGGUUACCUUGGGCCGGGACCUUUGCUAUCAACACUUGCUUCUAUACCGAGAUAUCGAACCGGGGCCCCGGCGCCAACAAGGCCAGAAGGGUCAAGUGGCGCGGAGUCAAGAAUGUUCCUCCGUCUAGAGCCACCCAAUAUACUGCCUCGAGGUUUAUUCGGGGUGAUGCUUGGAUUAAGGCCACCGGAGUUCCGUACACUUCUGGCCUCAUAAAUGUAUAGAGAGAUACUUAAUUAUAUAUACAUAUACGUACUUGUAUAUGCAUGCAUGCACUCACCAUAUUAAUUAUAAGUAGUUAUGUAUGGUUUUUAUUAGCCGAGAAAAAAGAAAAGAAAAAGAAAGAAUGCAUGC